AUGGGUUUGGCAACUUUAUGGUUAGAUACAUCAUGUUCUGGGAUAUCUUGGGUACAAGAAGCUUGGGAGAGUCAGAGGAAGAGUUACAAUGUGGAGUUCUUUGAAGCUGAUCCUUCCAAGGAGGAUCUUGAAAUAAAGGUAGAGAAGAUAGUUGGGGAAGUUGAUUUAGUUCCCUGUUGGCGUCAUCUGCAGUUAUGCUUUGAAAUUGAGGAGAUUGCGAGAAGACUCUUAAGUAAUGUAGCAAGUUUGCUGAAACCGGGUGGUUACUUUUUCGGGAUUACUCCUGACUCGUCUACCAUAUGGGCAGAGUACCAGAAGAAUGUCGAAGCAUACCACAACAGAAGCGGAGGGACAAAGUCUAAUGUUUUUCCCAACUACAUUCGGUCAGAAAGUUACAUGAUCACAUUCGAAGUGAAAGAAGAAAAGUGA